AUGGUUUAUGAUCGGCAUAGUAGAAAGAUAUCAUCAAAGCAUCGCACCCUCAAUGCCUUUUUAGUUGUUGGUGAUUGUCUCCUAGUUGGUUUACAACCUAUUUUGGUGUUUAUGUCCAAGGUGGAUGGAAAAUUCAAGUUUAACCCUAUUAGUGUUAACUUUGUGACUGAGAUUUCAAAGGUUAUAUUUCCAAUUGUUAUGCUUUUGCUCCAGGCUAGGCGUCAGAAAGUUGGAAAGAAACCUCUUCUCUCAGUUUCCGUAUUUGUGCAGGCUGCCCGCAACAAUGUGCUUCUUGUUAUACCAACACUUCUAUAUGUUAUCAAUAACUACCUUAAGUUAAUCAUGCAACUUUAUUUUAAUCCUGAAACUGUGAAGAUGCUUAGCAAUCUGAAGGUUUUGGUAAUUGCUGUUAUUUUGAAGAUAAUUAUGAGACAUCAUUUUUCCAUGAUUCAGUGGGGAUCUCUUACAUAUAUUGAUGGCCAAGGAAAAAUGCAUCGGGUCAGCUAUUCUGAAUCUCACGCACAACAAGUAGAAAUAGAACGCAAAGUUCAUGCUGUGAUCGAUAAGUCUGCAGAUAGGGGGUUCCGAUCUCUUGCAGUGGCAUACUAG